UUUUAUAGAAUUUAUGACUAAUUAUGACUACUCGUAAUAUCUAGUUUUAGCACAAAUGACUAGAAGAUAGCGUGAUAAAGUGACAACAGCAGGGGACUGCAGUGUUGGCUAGGGCAUUGUGUUGAAUUUUUAUUAGAAUUUCCUUUAGGACUUGUUCAGAGUGACUUCAAAAUUUUUUUUGUGACUAAUAUUGUGGAUAAUUUUUUCAGUUCCUUUUAUCGGUUAAUACUAGUACGUUUCAAAGUUGCGUCAUUCAGAAUGCCAAGAGGAAAAUUCACAAGUCAUAAAGGAAGAAAUCGUCGUUUUACCAAUCCCGAAGAACUAGAAGAGGAACGAAGGAAAGAGGAACAGCAACGAAAAUGGAGACAACAAAGAGGUGAAGUCAGUAGUAGUGAUGAAGAAGAGGCUGGUGAUGAAGAAAAUAGUGAGGCAGCUAGUAGUGAAGAAGAGACUGAUAGUGAUGAGGAACCUAAGGCCAAAGGUGUUUCUAAUCUUAUAGAAAUUGAGAAUCCAAACAGGGUUCAAAAGAAAGCUAAAAAAUUAUCCACACUGAAUACCUCCACUUUAAGUGAUGACUCUCCACAGUUAUCUAGAAGAGAAAGAGAGGAAAUUGAAAAACAAAAAGCACAAGCACAUUAUCAAAAAUUACAUGCAGAGGGCAAAACAGAACAGGCUAGAGCAGAUUUAGCACGUUUAGCAAUCAUAAAACAACAAAGAGAAGAGGCACAGAAGAGAAGAGAACAGGAAAAGAAACAAAAAGAGGAAGCGGCAAAGCAGAAGACUGCUCAAACUCAAAAAGCUUUAGGAAAGAAAUGAAAUUAUUGACUAUUUAUUAGGAUAAAACUACAUGCUACAGCUGUUGAACAUCCUUACUGUUUGAUGAUGCAAUAAACUGCAAUUAUUUUCCAUAAAAGCAAAUACUUUGAUUUCAAUAUUAUUCAAAUGUUUUGUUCUUUUUUAUUAUGAAAGUUACAAUGUUUUAUUUCUGAUAUGUUAUCACUUUUUAGACAAAAACUAAUUAUGUAUGUUAAUGUACAUCCUAUAUUAAAAAAUAUAUAAUUUUUGUAAACGAA